AUGCCAAUUUUCUCAAGGCUCAGGGAUCGUAUAUCGAAGAGAGACAGUGACGUCCCCUCUGCUCCUGUACCGGUACCCGCAGACAAGGAUCCAAAUCCAGCCCUACCCCAUGCCACGGCCGCGUCUACGGCCGAUAACUUGUCAGGUGAAGGCAAUGAGCUCUGGGCUCAGGCUUAUACGCUGGCCAAGGAGCGCGAUAAACAGCUUAUAGAUGAUUAUGAGAGGCAUAUAGCUUCCUUAGAAGGUGUCUCUGUCGACGGCAAGAGCUUUUCGGCUCCGCACGAUGUCAAAGUUCAUGUAAACCAGCUGCUAGAACUACGGCAGAGGAAGGAAAUACAGGUCUCAAUCAUGGGGCACGAUAUUACGAUGCGAGAACAGAUUGAGAAGUUGGCAAAGUUCCUGCUCUGGUCCGAUGCCAUUGUUAAGUCGGCAGUAAGCGCUCAGCCGUAUGCUGCUUUAGCAUGGUCUGGUGUUUCACUGUUUCUUCCACUCCUUGUAUGCGGUGCGAAGUAUAACGAGGGUAUGUUAGAUGGCUUCAGCUCCAUUAGCGACAUGCAAAUGUUCUGGAAGUCUUAUGAGGAGACCUACAUCGGGCAGCCAGACACGAAAUCUUAUCAAGCUCUCAAAUAUCUGUUAGCCCAGCUAUACUCUUUCAUCAUUGAGUACCAAGCUCGCGUCAUAUGCCAUCUAUCAAAAGCACAGCUCUCUCGUGCUUGGCAGGGUAUGAUGGGAUCCGACGACUGGGACAACGCAAUAAAAUCAGCCAAGGAGCUGCAUGAUAUGUGCCUCUGUCUAGUUGACAGAGUACACAAAGAUGUCAUCCAAACUAAAAUGGAUAGCCAGCUGCAAGAAAUCCAGAGAUCACGGAUUGUUCAAGAAGAGAUGCUUCAAGUUAUAAAAGAAGAUAGAGAGGACGAGAAAGAGCGAAAGCUGCUGAGUGAUCUUGCCACGACCUCAGGAGACUAUGAGAGAUACAAGAACAUCAAUCCAGAGAGGGUGCCAGGAACGUGUAUGUGGUUCUUAACAGAUGAAAGAUUUCUUACUUGGCAUGGCGGGGAGGGCAAAAUGGAUAGCGCUCAAGCUCUAUGCGCAAUAUUACACCAGCUAUUCAUCCAUACGCCUCAGCUCAUGGCACAUGCGCUUGCAAGUCACAAGAAGUAUAAUUCGUCACCAGUCCCAAUUAUCUGCUUGCUCGACGCUUUAGAUGAAUGUGAAGAGGAGGGUAGGACCAGCUUGACUAAGAAGCUAUGCGACUUAUACCUCAAUACCAACUCAUCUGCUCCGCCACGGCUAAGGUUUCUCAUUACUAGCCGCCCAUAUGAAACCUUUAAAAUGUCAUUCGACAGACUGACGGCAAGUCCUGCUUAUUUGCACUUUGAUGGCGAUGAUAAAUCUGGUCAGAUUGGUCAAGAAAUAAAUCUUGUCAUCGAUGUAAGAGUGGAUUAUAUAACCAGCAGCUUUACCGCCGAAGACCGCAACAAGAUCUCUCAGCGUCUUAAAAAUAUGGAGAGCAGAACCUAUCUAUGGUUACACUUAACCUUGGAGAUUAUUGAAAGAAAUAUGAGUGCCUAUAGCAGACGAUUGGAUAUGGAGGAGUUCCUGUCUAAGCUACCGUCUACAGUAUCUGAUGCUUAUGAGAAGAUUCUGUCCAGAAGUCAAGAUGAUAAAAAGGUCGAGGCCCUACUACAGAUUGUCCUAGCUGCUGAACGCCCGUUGACUCUCGACGAGGCUAACUAUGCCCUUACACUCGCAUUGGGAGAUGAGUUCUCGUCACAUGAAAAGCUGCAAGAAAAUUUAUGGCCACAAGAUAGAUUCAAGACAACACCAGGAAACUUAUGCGGCCUUUUCAUUAGCAUUCAUGACUCCAAGUUAUAUCUCAUCCAUCAAACGGCCUGCAUGAGUUACUUGCUCAUGCUUGAUGCUCAAUUCGAAAACACGACUAAAUUGAAAGAAAAAUAUCCUUUUUCCUCUUACGCGGCUAACAGCUGGUUUUUACACUUUGAAUCACAGGACGCAAGUUCCACGGAUAUUUCUCGGAAGCUUGCGCGCAGCCUUUGUGAUAUAUCUGCACCGCAAACAAGAAACUGGUUAGAGGGUUGCGAUUCAUAUGCGUUCGAGGAUAUCUACUUGCUCUCGGAGAAAAAUCUCGAUCUCUGGCUUGCGGUUUGCUUCAAUUUAACUUCCGUUGUAAGCGAUAUGAUGACACAUGAACAUCCCGACGUCAAUGCGACAGACGCGCUCGCCCCAGCCAUAGAGGAAGGCAAUCUUAAAAUGAUAGAAAUCCUCCUAAGUACUGACAAGUGUAACGGCGAGGUCAAGAUCGAUGAGAGGACUUUGAUGAGAGCGAUGAGUAAUUAUCACGACGGGGCAGCCAUCUUGGACUUGCUCUUCACUAAGUGUCCAAACGAAGUCAGCAUUACAAAGGAAUUGCUUGAAUACACAAUAAGGUAUGGUUCAGCGGAGACUAUGUUGUUACUCCUGAAUAAAAGAGGCAGCCAGGCAGAGAUUACGGAAGACAUGUUUCUGGCCACGACGAGGGCCCGGAGUGGCACAGAGAUGAUAUCUGCUCUUCUCGAUCAGUAUGGUCACAAAAUCACGAUCACAGAGUCUUUGAUGAUAGCCGCGAUGCAGAAGGCAUCACUUGACUGGCUGGCCGUUCUCUUUAACAAGCGUGGCAACGACAUCAAGAUGACAGAGGAUAUUGUCAAGGCUGCAGCAGGAAAUAAACGCCAUGCGUCAGAUAUAAUAUCUCUGCUCGUCGAUAAACGCGGCCACGAAUUCAAGAUCACAAAAGAAAUAUUGGAGACUGCGUCGGCCAACGAGACUUUGAGAGGAGAAGUUAAAGCUCUACUUGAAGAUAGGCAUCGCCGCGAGAUGGGUGUUCCUGAAGACAGUGCUACGGUUGCAUAG